AUGACUGCACGUCAAAAAUCGCGUUCAGAUCGCAGUUUCAAUCUUUUAUCGUUAGAUGAUACUCCUAAGAGACGCAGCACAAGAAGUCGAAUUUUGACAAGCACACCUAGUGCAGUUGACAAAAGGGUUUCGGAAGUAAAAGAGAAACAAUCAGGUUCUACUCGGGUAGUCAAGCGGCCAAGUACAAGUCAACAGAAAGAUACAUUGUUCAGCGAUGAUGAGGUGGAUCACAGUGAGCCGUUAGUCCAUUCUGAUAAAAAUCAUAAUAUCGCCAACAACACCUCAAAGUUUGACGAUAGACCAGAACACUUGUACGGUUUAGACAAUCCAACAAAAAUUUUGUCAGGGGGCAAAGAUGAAAGUGAGAGUGUUCAAGCUAAACCAAGAUCUAAGCAUCUCAUGAAAUGUUUGGUAGUUGUUAUUGCUUGCCUCUGCUUCAUUUUUCUGAUGGCUUUGAUGGGAUUACUCUCAGACCAUCUUAAGCAAAAGCAACACCACGGAGAUGAUACAGCAGAAAUCAAACUGUUGAAAAAUCGUAUUAGGAAACUGGAACAAGUACAAUCCCGCCAGAGCAUAAAAAGUAAGUAAUUACAGCACAAGACAAACAGAGAACAUGCUUACCAGAAAGUCUUACUAAAAGGCCAGUCAAAAACCUGGGAAGGAGAACCUGUGGAAAAUAAAAUUGAAGAAGCACUUCGUCGUUGGGAUGCGGACAAGAUUGGUAUCCCUGAUUACGCCUUGGAAUCAGCAGGUGGUCAGAUACACGGUUCAAAUCAUUCUCCUACCUUUGCUAAUGGAGCCAUUCCUCAAGUGUUAGUGUUUGGUAUCCCUGUGUGGUAUGAAGUCAAGCUACCAAGGGUGAUCAUUCAGCCUGGAAGCACCCCUGGAGAAUGUUGGGCUUUUCAUGGGAGCUCUGGUUUUGUCGUGAUCAAGCUUUCCCGUUUGAUCAAACCCACUUCUUUCACAUUGGAACACAUGGCCACAGCUUUGUCCCAGUUUGAAGAUCACAGUAUUCCAAGUGCGCCUAAAGAAUUCUCCGUCUGGGGCUGGGCUGAUGCCCGUGGUAGUGAAAAGGUACUAUUGGGCGAGUAUUUGUAUAGUGAUAGAGGACACGCUCUUCAAAAUUUUCCUGUACAGGCGACCACCGUACCAGAAUUUCGAUAUAUUGAGCUCAAAGUGCUUUCCAACUAUGGGAAUCCUGCCUUUACCUGCCUGUACAGAUUUAGAGUGCACGGACUGCCGUACAAAACAGAUAACUAA